UGCAACAGCAAUGACAACCUCUAUUUCAGCUAAAAAUGAUCGUUUAUUAUUAACAACAUUGGCAGCUGCAGCAACAGCCGCUAAUACUGGAUCAUCAAUGUUUGUUACAACAGCAACAAUUGAACCUCCAUCACACGUUCAAACGCCAAGAAUUGAUGAUCGUUUAAAUGCUAUUAGUGGUGCAAUUUGUGAUGAUGGCUCACCAUCUCCAUCAACUUCCACAGCUUUAGCUAAGUUUAAUAAAAUUAUUGAUGAAACAAUGCCGACAACAAAUUACUACAACUAUUAUAAUAAUUAUAAUAGUCCAACAACAUCAUCAUUAUCUUCGGCAUUAUUAUCAAAACAAAUAUCAUUAGCUGCCGGUCCGUCGUUAAUAAAAAGUAGCAUUUGUACAGUUCAACCUCGUUUAAGUAUAACUACGACUACGACACCUACUAUUAAUAAAAAAUUAGCUAAUGACGUAAAACAGUUUGAUAGAAAAUUUAGCGGUAAUAUGGAAAAUUUAUAUAAUAAUACAGAUAGUAAUUUAUCAAUAAAUUUAAAUAAAAUUUCAAACGAUAAUCAAACAAAACGAAAUGAUGUGCAUUAUUUGUUGAAACAAUUAAAUAGUUUUAGUGAUAUAGAAGAAAUAGCAAUUGUUGAUAUAAAAAAUACUAAUAUAUCUAAUGCAUCUAUGUUGUCAAAUACAUUACCGUUAACAACAAUAGCGCAACAAAAAACGCCAUCGAUAUCAUCGUCAUCAUUAUUAUUAAAAACACCAACAAUACAGGCUAUACCAUCAUCAUCAACUUCUGUAACAACUUCAAAAAUAGUUAAAAAAACACCAUCCACAUCCUCUUUAUCAUCAAUUUCAUCAUCAUCGGUUGUAUCACAACCAACUACAACUACAAUUAAACCACAAAAGUUACAAACACAAAAACAACCACAGUUACUACCGCAAUCUAUUACAACAGAAGCAACAGUAACAACACCAUCAAAAUUAGAAGAAAUCAAGACUACUAUAACAACUACUACAACUAAUAAAGCCGAUAAGCAAAAAUUCAAAUACCCAACCUAUAGGCAAAAAUCAACAAUUAAGUCCUGCCAUAAUUCUAGUAAACAAAAAACAGUUUUUGAAAUUGAGUUAAGUUCAAGUAGCUCCUGUAAGGAACCUAUAACUACUAUUACAACGACAACCACAACCACAACUACAUGCGCAGCUGCCGAUAUAACGACACCAACAUCCGUGCUAUCACCAACCACAACAACUAAUCAAAAACAACAGACACAAAUUACCACUGCCACAACAUCACCACAUUAUGGUGGAGGCUCAGAAAAGCAUAAAUCAGUUCAUGGCCAUCAUCAUAGCCAUGAAUUUCGUUAUACAACAACAAGUAGUUUUACAAAAAAACAACAACAGCAUCGUUCAACGGGCGGCUCUGGAGGUGAAAGUCCGACAACUACAAAACCCCAACCUCCAGGUGCAGUAACUACUGUUGUUUAUAGCACUACAACACGUAUGUCAGGUGAUGUAAUACAAACUGAAAUAUUAAGAUGUUGUGAUAGUCCAACAACAAGUAGCGGUAGUAGUAGUAAUGCAACAACAGCAAGUAAUAAUAGUUUAAAUAAACGUUCAAAAUCUCAUUCAAAGAAUACUGGUGCUAGUGCAGGAUUCCAACAAGGUAUCACCACAUCAAUUUCUAUUAGCAACAGUUAUAUGAUACAAGAUGAAACAACUAAAACAUCAUCAUUUUUCAAAUGUUGUUACACACCAUUAGACCGUUGGCGCGAACGUCGUAACUCAAAUUCAGCUGCAGCUGCGGCGGCCGCUGCUGCUACUGCAGCUGCCACAGUCACGGCUUCAUCAUCAACAUCAUCAGCUUCUAAUGGUGCUAAUAAUGUAGUUAAUAUAGGUACAACAACAUGUGCAACAACAAAUGUUGCCACAACUGUGGUUAAUUCAAGUCCAACAAUUGUUGUUACAAGCCAGUCUAACAUGACAACAAUAUUAAGUGGAAAUGGUUCUGUAGCUACAACAACUACAGUAGCUGGUAAUAGUAAUUAUAGUAAUAAUAAUAGUAAUAAUGGAACGGGUAAUAAUAGUAAUAAUAGUAGUAAUAGUAGCAGUGCAACGGUAGCAUCUGCGACUAAUAAAAAUAUUAGUAAUUUAUCUGCGCAUGGAGAUGCAGUUUGACAACAUUAAUGAAAAUUUAAAUAAUAAUAUAAUAGGUUUUCGGUAAUUAAUUAAUUAUUUCAGAAUAAUUUUUAUUUUACGAUUUUGUCUUUAAUUUUUUCGUUUAUAUUUUAUUUUUUAAGAAAUUGAAUUUAAUCAUAAGAUUUUAUAUGACAAAAUAAUUAACAUUGUAAUUUAAUUUUAUAGAAUCAAUAUGAAUUAAAUAUAAAACUUUUUUUUUAUGGGUCAAAAAAGCAGAUUUAGAUUUUAAGUAUAAUUCUAACAAAAAAAAAAAAUUUGAGAAUAAAAGUGAGAGAAGUUAUAUGGUACGUAGGGAAUAAAAUAUUACAAUAUGUAUAAAAUAAUAUUAUAGAACAGCUAUAAUUUAUAUAAAAACAUGAAAAUGAAAACUGUAACGAAUUAUGAUAUUAGUAAUAACGUUAAAUAAGAAAAUGUAUGAACCUUUAAUAUUGUUAAAGUUUAUGAAACAUUUAAUUAUUUUUUAAUUAAUAUUCGAUUGUUUAAUCUAUUAUUUUUGUUUUAUAUAAAUGGUUUAACCACGAUUAACCCAAAGUCGGGCACCUGUUACUUUGUUUAGUUUGAAGAAACAAAAAACUAUCAAAAUUCAAACAAUAUUAUUGAAAAUAUUCAAAGCUUAUGAUGUAGGAACAGCAAUAGUGUGUAUUUAAAUUAAAAUAUCGAAAAUAUUUGUAAAAACUAUAAAUUUAAUUGGAAUUUUUAGGGUCCAGAAAUUUUAUAUGUAUAUGCAUAUAUAUAAAUUUCAUAUCAUUUUCUUAAAGAAUUUAUUGAAAUUAUUUCUUUUCAAUUAAUUGCAAUAAUUGAACUUUUAAAAUAAUUAACAAUAAAUAUUUAUGAAUAUGUCAAAAUUAAGUUUGUUGCUAAUAAUAUUUUCGUUAUUAGAGGUGAAAUAUUUAAUUUCUUUGCUACUAAAGUUUAUUAUUAUUUAAAUAAAAUUAUUAAAAUAAAAUUAAAUCAUAAUAUCAUAAUUUAGCACUGAACAAAAGCAGUUGAUUUUAAACCGUUCACAUUUAAUAAAGCACAUUUUACAUAAAUUUUUUAAUAAUUGCUUUGAUUAUAGGAAAAAUUAUAUUUUUAUGUUUCAUUUAUUUUUAUUUUAUUGCAUUUUGAAUUUGCACGUUAAUGUUUAAGUCUUCAUAUAAUGUACAUCUUAUAUGCAAUUUAAAUAAUGUUACUUAUUUUUAUUUAAUUAAUGUUAUGUAAAAUAUAAAAUAAUACAACUUUAAAAAAAAAAUAAUAUAAGUUUCAUAUUUAAACUAAAUAUAAGUUUAUCAAAUUGAAAAGCAC